AUGGGCUCUGUGAUCCACGAGAAAACCUCCUUCGUCACCGCUUGGUUCAGGCGUGCGUGCCAGGCAGGAAUUGAAAGCAUUAAAAAUCAGAUGAGUUCCGAGCAACGCCAGCUCAGGUCUGUAUUCUGCCUCUUCGACGAUGCCGGCACAGGCCUCGUUUCCGCGUCCCUUCUGAAGAACACUUUGCUCUCCGCUGCACAGAAGCACCCUGAGCAUGCGGGAGACCCACGCCAAUAUUACCACAGCGUGGUGGCGUUGGACAAACUGGGCGACAAGCAAAUAACGUUUGAAGAAUUUGCGGACGUCUUCGCUGCAGGUUCGUUUAAUCUGUCAUCCGGCAAAACGAUCAGCAAACAGGACGCCUUCAAAUUAUUCCGUCUUCUAGACGUGGACGACAAGGGAAAAAUCGGUUACCCCGAAUUAAAAGGUUUGAUGGAAGACUUGGGCGAGAUUAUUUCGCCAGAAGAGUUGCAGGAGAUGAUAUAUCGAGCGGAUAUGAACGGUGACGGUCUAGUCGACGCGGAAGAGUUCUACCGAGUACUGUCAUGCACUCACCAUUUUGCAGAGAACAGUUAA